AUGGCUCUGAGGCUGGAGGUCCCCUCCCUAAGGCUGCUAUGGGCUAGGGAGGCUGCUGGCCACCCAGUCCCAUCUACCCUGUCUCCCAGCACCCCAGCCCCAUGUACCCUUCAACCCAGCCCCAGGGUCCAGUUUGACCGCCCACCACUCCACCGACAGGGUCCAGCUCAGACCCCAUCUGUGCACUGGUUUCGUGACCUCCAUGCGUGGCUCUUUGUCACUCUAAAAAUCUAUUUCAGAUGCAUUUCAUUGUAAGGACAAUCAUCAUUGUAAUAAAAUGUCUUACAUAAGGUUCUGUGAAUAUCCCUAUGUGUGGUCCUCUCUGUCAGAUGGGCCAUCAAGCAGGAGGGGCUGAGAAGAGCAGGCCAAUGGAAGCAGUCCAAGGUAGAGAACCCAGAGUGGAACAAGCUGACCUACAUGUGGCCCUCUCUGCCCAGUGGAGAGCUCAACCAGGUGAGCCAGAAGGAGAACCCUGGUACAUUUACAUUUUUAGGUUUGAGUCAUUUAGCAGACGCUCUUAUCCAGAGCGACUUACAGUUAGUGAGUGCAUACAUUUUUAUUCCCCCCCGUGGGAAUCGAACCCACAACCCUGGCAUUGCAAACACCAUGCUCUACCAACUGAGCUACACAUACAUUCAGUCCAGUGAGUGCUAGUCUCUGAAGGGUCCAGAAAAAACAUGUAGGCCUAUAUCAAAGCAACCCAGACAGCCAUUGCCAAUGGUCCACACCACAGUGCACUCUAGUUAAUAUGUGUGUGUAUUGGCUGAGAAAUUCAAUACAGCAAGGUCUUUCUCUCUCAAAGAACCCAGGCUGUUAGAACGAGGAGCAACAUGCUGACUGACUGUCAGAGUGGAUCUGUGUUGUUGUUAUGCCAUGGCGUGUCUCCUCUGUCUGCAGGAUCAGAUGAGGCAAGUCGGACAAGAACAUGACAGGCUUGUUAGGAACUAAUCGGUCUACUGACCACAACCACUGACUGACAUGUUUACAUUUUACACUCAAUGAAUAGAGACUAACAAAUGUUUAACAGGUUGUUUUAUCAUGAAAUCGUAUAAUGGUAUAAAUGCAAUGUGUGUGUGUGUGUGUGUGUGUGUGUGUGUGUGUGUGUGUGUGUGUGUGUGUGUGCGUGUGUGUGUGUGUGCGUGUGUGUGUGUGUGUGUGUGUGUGUGUGCAUGUACGUGUGUGUGUGGGAGUCGUAGGCCCAUUGUAGUGUAAGAUAUUCAAGAUAUCCAGCUUUUGUGCAAGCUUAACUUGCAUUGGAAGUGUAGUUUGCUAUUUCAUAUGCACUGACAGUGUUGGGAUACACCAGAGGGAGAAAUGGCUUCCCGAGUGGCGCAGUGGUCUAAGGCACUGCAUCGCAGUGCUAGCUGUGCCACUAGCAAUCCUGGUUCUAAUCCAGGCUCUGUCGUAGCCGGCCGCGACCGGGAGACCCACGGGGCGGCGCACAAUUGGCCCAGGAUAGGGUAGGGAAUGGCCGGCAGGGAUGUAGCUCAGUUGGUAGAGCAUGGCGUUUGCAAUGCCAGGGUUGUGGGUUCGAUUCCAACGGGGGGCCAGUAUGAAAAAUAAAUAAUGUAUGCACUCACUUAACUGUAAGUCGCUCUGGGUAAGAGCGUCUGCUAAAUGACUAAAUAAAUAAAUAACCAGGCUACUUUAUACUUUUGAAUGCCCCUGCAGGACCUGAGCUGGCCACUGGAGGGCGCCCUAGUCCCCUGUGCGCCGCGGCUGACUGACUCCAACAGGAGAUGGCGCUGUUUCUGCCCUGUACCACUGAGACUGAGGGAACUGAGAAACGGACAGGGGGUAGAAAAGGCCAAGGCCAUAACUGUUACAACACCCAACCUCAUACUGAACACUCGGUGAGGACAAUAUCCUCUCAGUUCUUCUACAUCCCUCCUCUCUGACACUGACAACCACAUCUUAAGCAUGUGCAUACAUCUCAUUCUACAUCCACUGUAGGCAACACAAUAUUGUCAAUUACAGUUCCAUUUUAAAUAUUGUAUAGGAUACCGUGGUAUAGUAGCAUCAGUCAAAAGCCUGAAGCAUCUGUAAAGUAAGUCGCUCUGGAUAAGAGCGUCUGCUAAAUGACUAAAAUGUACAUGUAAAUCAUAGCGAUAGCUGCACAUUUAGUAGGGGGCACACUUAUGGUUCUGGUUUAGACCAACUUAUGUUCUCACAGCUGGAUUUUACACAUCCUGAGAAAGAUCCCUCAGUCUCAAAUGAGAUGAUUUAUGCAGAUGUAUUAAUUUAGCUUCAGAUCAUAUAUGUAUUAGCACAUUAGGCCUGAUUCAGCAGUAAGGGGAAUCUCUACUGUUCACUAAUCAUUUGGAAAGAAUGCAUAGCCUUCAACCCCCACACAACCCACCAAUGAAUGCUCAUUCGCUCAAGGUAAAGUCAAGCCUGAAAUUGGAGUUUCUGAUCCAGGAAUAUAAUUUGUACCUCCUAAUUAACUCAAUCAGUUCCCCAUCUUUGGAGCAAAGUAAAUAAAGCUGCCCUGGGUUCCCGUGUACAGAUGAGCACAUGCAGCCUGCCUGACCUUUGACCUUUCUGUCUGCGUCAGCCUCUCUCCUUCAUUACGGGCUCAGGCCUGGAAUCUGGGGCAUCAUUUGCAUAAGUUAAUUCCUCGUUAUGAUCCCCCUCGCAGCCGUGUGAGGCCAGGGAAUAGAACUGAUUAUGACUCUGUUUCCCUCCAUUCAUCUGUGCAGUAGGAAGCCUCUCGCCAGCACAGCACAGAGACUCAAAGCAGAGAGAGGCGCCAGCAGGGAGAGUGAAAAAAGUAACAGGGCAGAAAUCCACAGCCUUGAGUUUCAGCAGUUCCUUGAAAGGUAAAACCUCAAGUUGAAUUGAAAUAUUUUCAUGAAGAAAAAAUCAAUUUCAUUUCAUUUCCCCUCGUGGUUGGGAAGGGUAGAACAGUACAGUCAAUCUAAACUGUAAUGCUCUCUCCUCAGGUGCACAGAGUCUCUUCAUCUGCCUCACGCUGCUCACAGGCUCUUCCUCACAGACGGCAGGGAGAUAACUCUACUCAAGAUCUGAUUCCAGACCAGCUGGUAUUGAAAUCAUACUUUUGAAUAAAAGUUUUUAACUUUUAACUUUUUAAUUAAAGGUUAACUCAUAAGUCAACUUUUUUGACAAAAAUUUGAACUCAUGUAUUCUUUCCUCUCUAUGUCAUUGAGGUGUAUGUGUCUUGUGGGGAGCCGUGGGUUAACCCUCAUUUCAGCGAUGGUAAAGUCACCAAACAGCGCCAACUUCUCCACCUGGAGCAGGACGUGUCCCAGAUCCGCCACUACUGCACCCUCCGCCACCAGCAUGGUUGGUACAUCCCAGAAGACCAAUCAGCACUCCUAAAACAUGCGUAUGUCCAUCAAUGACAAUGCAUUCUGAACUGUGGCAUGUCAUUAGGCCUACACAUUGAGGAAAUAGUAUGAAAACAAUUCUACUCUCUUUCUCUGCGUAGAUGUGAUGUGUGCGGUAGAGUCUUAUGUUUCCUUGCCAUCUCCCCAGAUAUGGUACUGGAGGUAAGAGGUGAUAUACAGGAGGGCUCUCUGCUCACUGUAGCCCACUGUUGUGUUUUCUAUGAAGAGCAGAGCCAAGAGUCAACGCAAAAGGAGGACAGCACUGAUCAUGAUCGUGCUCACCUCAACAGGCUUAUGUGAGUCUGUCAGUAACAACUUACAAGGCCAUUCAGGUCCACUCUCUGAUCCUGCAUACCAAAAAUGCAUAAUAUGUCAUAUGUCCUUCCAUUAUUGUCUUGUAAAUGUGUUUACUUUCAUGAAAAUAAGUCCCUCCUUCAAUGUCUAGACAUCAUGUGUGCUUUUCUGUUUCAGUAGGGACUCGCUCUCAAGAGCUCACCAGAAAAUAAAGAUGUGCCCUACUUUCAUAUACCCUUGGCAAGGGAACCACGAGGAAGAUGAAAUACAAAAUGUUGUGGAAAAUAGCUGCAGUAAUACUGACCAACCUGCUAAGAACAGGUUAAGCUGCUUUAAACGAACAUACAGCAUUUGUUUCUGUGGGGUUGCAUAAGGAAUUCUGUUUCGCUAGCACCAGUGCUCCAUUGUUCUGGAUUUUCAUGGCAUUGUGUGUCAAUUAUUUAUUCUUUCCCUCUCUGUGUUGUUUCUCUCUAGGUUGCAGCAGCGUGGUAGGGGCAUCACACAGGCUCACAGACAGCAGUUUGAGUUCAGUAAGGGACAGAUAGUAAACUGCAGAAACCGCUGUCUGGCUGUGGGGGUCGCUGGCCAUGGGGAAGGUGGGGUGAAAGCAGGGUCACCCCUCCAGUUGGUGCGCAGUAACCCCUCUUACUCAAACCAACGUUGGACACUGAAUGAGGGAGAGAGGUAGGAGAAUGGACCCCAUGUGAAUUGAUACUAAUGUCAGAGCGUGACCCUGUCUGUCUAUCCUCCCACAUCACACUGAUUAGUUGACCCCCUCUGACCCUGUCUAGGGCACUGUACUGUGCCUAUGAGAUCCAGGGACAGACACAAUGACAGGGUCAAAGGUCUUUUCAUGUUCUCGGAAGCCAUAGGGAAAAGUCUAUGAAAGUAGUUGAUAUAAAGAUACACAGUUUACAUGUACGUUGUUUUGAUUAUCGUUUGUCUCCUCACACAGGACUCUUCAUCUGUUGGCCAACCCUGAGCUAGUAUUGUCUGUUUCCAUGACUACAACCCCCCCAGGAGACUCCUGCUCUGAACCCCCUCUCCUCACAGGCUGCUCUGUAGUCCUACAGGUAAGACUCACUGACAAGCAAAGGAAGUCAACAACAUCAACAAUACAGGCAAUGACAUACUUCAAGUAACAUGGUUUUAUCUCUUCUAUAUACUGUAUUUUCAGAAAUACAAGCCCUACAGUUACGGAGCAGCCAACCAGAAGUGGGGCUGGUUACCAGAGCUUAGGGUUCUGAGUGCGUUCUACACCUCAUCUCUGGACCAGGAAGUGACUGCAGCCAAUCAGGCGUCAGUGUGUACCGCCUGUGUGUCCCCAGAACCACUGCACCAGCAGGUAUACCAGAACCAGUCCAGAAGAACUACUGUAGCACACUGUACUUAUCCACCUCACUUUUUCUGUGCAUUCAUUUCCUACCACAUUAUUACCACAGUGUUAGGUAUACCUAUUCUGUUUGCUGCACACAUUUAGUGUGUUCUGUGGUUUGAUGCACUGUUUAUAAGGAUUGUAGGAAGAUUAUAAAGGAGUGGUACAUUUUGGAUACUAGCUGUACAUCCUCCUUUGCUUAGAUUGUUCUCUCUGAAUAAUGCUGUGUCUGUACAGUAUCGCAUACUCUCUGAAUAAUGCUGUGUCUGUACAGUAUCGCAUACUCUCUGAAUAAUGCUGUGUCUGUACAGUAUCGCAUACUCUCUGAAUAAUGUUGUGUCUGUACAGUAUCGCAUACUCUCUGAAUAAUGCUGUGUCUGUACAGUAUCGCAUACUCUCUGAAUAAUGCUGUAUGUACUAUACCAGAGGAGAUUGGUGGGAGCUGCUGUAGGAGGAGGGGCUAAUUGUAAUGGUUGGAAUGUAAUUAUGUAACGGAGUCAGAUACGUUGUUUUCAUGUGUUUGAUGUGUUUGGUACCAUUCCAUUGAUUACAUUCCAACCAUUACAAUGAGCCCGUGCUCCUAUAUCUCCUCCCACCAGCCUCCUCUGUACUAUACAGUAUCUCAUACUGUGCUCUGUGGGGGCAGGGUUUCUCCUUCACCAGGUCAGGUGUGAGUGGGAGCAGAGUGGAGGUGUGUCCUAGCUGUUCCACUGGACUGAGAGGGAGAGGAGUUCUCCAGAAGCUUCCUCCAGAAUCCUCCUUCCUAUGCUGUAUGGCCAGUCACAACCACCAGCUCAGCCCAACUGGACCCUUCAGGAUCCUAAAGGUCCACAAGGUAGUGCAACCUGAACUCGAGGGUAGGCAUAACAUAGCAAACGUAAAUCUGUCUCCCUCCAUUUAGUAUGAUAUGGUACGUUUCGUAUGGUAUGUAUUCAUUUGUGGAUGUCCAUCAUCCGUUUCGUAUGCUAUGUUAAGAAUUACAAUUCAUAUGGUAUGUUCUGAAUUGGCAUUUGUAUAAUAUGUUACACAUUUCAAUUUGUGGUGGCUAACGUUAGCUAGGGUUAGGGGUUAAGGUUAGGGUUAGGGGAAGGGUUAGCUAACAUGCUAAGUAGUUGCAAAGUUGCUAAUUAGCCAAAAUGCUAAAGUUGUCUAUGAUGUGAUUUCAACACUCAACCUUUGGGUUGCUAGACAUUCACGUUAUACGCCCACCCAUCCUCCCCAACCAAGUUUUUGGCUUAAGUAACCUUCUGUCUUAUGUAACCAUACCCAACGUAACAUAUCAUACUCAUUUCAUUGUCACAGAUUUACUAUGUUACAUCUAGUCUUUGAGGCCAGGCUGGGAAGUUGAACAUCCAAUAUCCCCCUACAGCAUUCCCUGAAAUCAAGUGGGUUUGAAGUUCAUUAUCCAAGGCAGUGCAGAUGGCUGCAUUGGAGUAAACACGUUCUCCUUAUGAACCCCCAGGAGAGUGUGUGUACGUGUAUGUGUGUGUGUGUCUGUCUGUGUCUGUGUGUCUGCAUAUCUGUCUGUGAGGGACUAAGACUCCAGCUGUGUCCUCCUGCAGACGGAGCUCAGUGAGUCUGCAGCAGACGUCACUCUGCAGCGUCUAGAGGAGUGUCUGGAGUCACUGAGGACGGAGGCUGCAGUGCUGCAGAAGCAGACGCCGUCCCCAGAGGUGUGCAGCGCAGCCCGGACCCAGCCGAGCGUGAAGAUCCUGGCCCACAGGAAUGGGCGGGGGGGCCUAGAGGAGGGCCAGCUGAUCACCACGGCAACAAUGCCUCUGGUGAGACACCACAGGGUCACUGAAACAGACAAAUAGACAAUGUUUUACUUUGUUGUUUCCUAGGUGUACAGUAUGAAUUGAAUGUAUGAGUUUCUGUGUAUCUGUAGUUGUUGUCAGAGUGCACCAGCCUGCUCCAGCUAACCAGAGCUGCUCAGCACCUCUACACUGCAGACGGGACUCAGAUACUCACCCUGCAUCAGCUCAAAGCCUGGGCCCUUAAUGACUGUCUACAGGUCGACACAGAAACACACAUCCCUGGACCUGCAGGUCUUACUGUCCACCACACACACACACACACACACACACACACACACACACAGAGAGGUUAGAUUACCUUUCUGAUAACCAGUAUCUGUUGACCUUUGACUUUUGACACCGACCUCUCCUCAAACCUCAGGUUCAGAGACAGUGUUCAAGGUGGGUGCUGAGGACAUGAGCUCUGUAGAUGAGGGUCUAAUGGCACUAAUACUGAGGUCCCCCAUCCAUGUCUGGGUGUCCUGUGGAGAGCCCUACCUCCCCUCAGAUGGUGAGAUGCACACACACACACAAUGGUGCUUGCAUUUUCUAAGGGAAUUUUAUAUUAUGAAAUUGGAUGUACAGUGGGGAAAAAAAGUAUUUAGUCAGCCACCAAUUGUGCAAGUUCUCCCACUUAAAAAGAUGAGAGAGGCCUGUAAUUUUCAUCAUAGGUACACGUCAACUAUGACAGACAAAUUGAGAAAAAAAAAUCCAGAAAAUCCCAUUGUAGGAUUUUUAAUGAAUUUAUUUGCAAAUUAUGGUGGAAAAUAAGUAUUUGGUCACCUACAAACAAGCAAGAUUUCUGGCUCUCACAGACCUGUAACUUCUUCUUUAAGAGGCUCCUCUGUCCUCCACUCGUUACCUGUAUUAAUGGCACCUGUUUGAACUUGUUAUCAGUAUAAAAGACACCUGUCCACAACCUCAAACAGUCACACUCCAAACUUCACAAUGGCCAAGACCAAAGAGCUGUCAAAGGACACCAAAAACAAAAUUGUAGACCUGCACCAGGCUGGGAAGACUGAAUCUGCAAUAGGUAAGCAGCUUGGUUUGAAGAAAUCAACUGUGGGAGCAAUUAUUAGGAAAUGGAAGACAUACAAGACCACUGAUAAUCUCCCUCGAUCUGGGGCUCCAUGCAAGAUCUCACCCCGUGGGGUCAAAAUGAUCACAAGAACGGUGAGCAAAAAUCCCAGAACCGCACGGGGGGACCUAGUGAAUGACCUGCAGAGAGCUGGGACCAAAGUAACAAAGCCAACCAUCAGUAACACACUACGCCGCCAGGGACUCAAAUCCUGCAGUGUGAGACGUGUCCCCCUGCUUAAGCCAGUACAUGUCCAGGCCCGUCUGAAGUGCAUUUGGAUGAUCCAGAAGAGGAUUGGGAGAAUGUCAUAUGGUCAGAUGAAACCAAAAUAUAACUUUUUGGUAAAAACUCAACUCGUCAUGUUUGGAGGACAAAGAAUGCUGAGUUGCAUCCAAAGAACACCAUACCUACUGUGAAGCAUGAUGUUGGAAACAUCAUGCUUUGGGGCUGUUUUUCUGCAAAGGGACCAGGACGACUGAUCCGUGUAAAGGAAAUAAUGAAUGGGGCCAUGUAUCGUGAGAUUUUGAGUGAAACCCUCCUUCCAUCAGCAAGGGCAUUGAAGAUGAAACGUGGCUGGGUCUUUCAGCAUGACAAUGAUCCCAAACACACCGCCCGGGCAACGAAGGAGUGGCUUCGUAAGAAGCAUUUCAAGGUCCUGGAGUGGCCUAGCCAGUCUCCAGAUCUCAACCCCAUAGAAAAUCUUUGGAGGGAGUUGAAAGUCUGUGUUGCCCAGCGACAGCCCCAAAACAUCACUGCUCUAGAGGAGAUCUGCAUGGAGGAAUGGGCCAAAAUACCAGCAACAGUGUGUGAAGACUUACAGAAAACGUUUGACCUGUGUCAUUGCCAACAAAGGGUAUAUAACAAAGUAUUGAGAAACUUUUGUUAUUGACCAAAUACUUAUUUUCCACCAUCAUAUGCCAAUAAAUUCAUUAAAAAUCCUACAAUGUGAUUUUCUGGAUUUUUUUUUCUCAUUUUGUCUGUCAUAGUUGACGUGUACCUAUGAUGAAAAUUACAGGCCUCUCUCAUCUUUUUAAGUGGGAGAACUUGCACAAUUGGUGGCUGACUAAAUACUUUUUUUCCCCACUGUAAAUAAACGUAUAGUAAUUUCCUUGCUCCUUUCUCUUACUACUACAGCACAUUAUUCCAUCCUGUUUAUUCUUGUUCAGUUCUUUUCUUGCCUGUGGGUGAAUCCUGACAUCAUUGCCCUGGGGAGGCCCAACCCAGACGAGACGCCGCUUCAUUUAAUAACACAUUUCAUGCAUGGCCUGUAAUGGCGAGAUGCUAAUGAGACGUGUGUUUUGCUGCCUGGAUGAUGACUUUGCAGAUAAUGUUCUCUUUGCUUAAGCCUUGUACGAACUCCAGCAGCAAUUAGAGGUUUGUAAAUCACUACAUAUUUCUAUACACAUAAUCAUGGUGUGUGCGUUAUGUUGCCUCCGUUGUUAGGAGAAGAGAGAAGCUGCAGAGGGCUCUGUGGCUCCAGAAGGAGAGAGUACUGACUGAUCUGGAAAUAAAGAGACACAAGAUGAGGCACCUGAAAGGUUUGCUCUGCUUUCUAUCCAUCAUGGCUGCUGUGGCUUCAUGAAAUACAGGGAAAUAAUGCAUAUUUAAUGGCAUUUCAGUGAACAUAUUUCAAUUCUGUAUCAUUUGAAAAUGCAGUAUCGUGUGGCUAGCCUGAUCUACCAUCCUGACCUAACCGUUGUGAAUCCAUGUGGCGAAACCGAAUGUAAGCUCAUGAGAUCAGGAUGGUCGAACCAGGCUAUCCCAUGUCCACAUCAUGUACUAUGGGGGAAUAAACUAUUCCGAAUAGUGCAUUGAAUUAACUAGAUUUGCUCAUUCAAUGACAUUGCAGCUCGGUUAGUAUAGGUAGUGUUCUUCCUUGUACGCAUGGGUACAGUCUUGGGUGUAGAAUGGCCCCUAACAGUGUCCCCUCUCGACGCCUGUGUCCACCCAGCCCGUCGUCUCUCCAGAACGGGCCCAGCCUCCCUGGUGCCAGGCCUGUGGUCCUGCCAGGCCUGUGGUGGUUGAGCAAAGCUGGCUACAGCCCAGCCAUGAGGAACUCACUCUGGACCAGGAGCUGCACAACACUGCGGUAUGGAUGUACUUGUUGUACAAAUAAUAAUAAUACUUGCACUUUUCUUUUGCUACUAACACUGUCUUUGCUGCUAACUUUUUUAUUGAGGAGAAAUGUACAUACUAUGACUGUGAUAUGUGGUUGUCUCACCUAGCUAUCUUAAGGAAUGUACGGUACUUAACUAUAAGUCGCUCUGGAUAAGAGCAUCUGCUAAAUGACUAAAAUGUCAAAUGUAAAUGUAAAACUGUUGUACUGCAUCACUGGUAGAGACUCUGAGAGCACUCUUCUGAUAUAAGCAUGGUAUUGAUGAGCAUAAUAGUAGCAGGGUUUUGAUCCUUCAGAGGUUAGAUAGUAACCUUAUUAUCGUUAAUAAUCCCUUUUUUCUUUCCAGACUCAACUUGCUGAGAUGGAGGCCCUUCCAGAGAAAGACCACAGGCCACUUCCACAGAAGACCUCCCAGGAACUGUACCAUCAGCCUGAUGUCAAAAGAGUUAAGGUGUACCACAAUGGAGACAGGCAUGUAUCUGUCCACGUCUGGGGCCAAAGCAUCGAAGAGGUACUUCCUCCAAAUAGAGAGUCUGCUAAAUGACUAAAAUGAAUUUCAUGCCACAGAAUAAAAAUUUUUCACAAAAUAUAGCUAGCAUGUUACAAACAGCGCCCCAUAUAUCUCCUCAGUGACUCCUCAGAUCUCCUGUGCGUUACUAUAUUUUUCAGCUGCUGAGCUGCAGUACUGUGAGGCUGGCCCUGUCCCGGUCCGCCUCCAGGCUGUACGCUGCAGACGGCAGGCUUCUGAGCUCCUGGGAGGAGAUCCACAGGGACAUGCUGCUGUGUGUUUCAUCAGGACAGCCCUUCAUCAGCCCUAAACGUUAG